AUGUGGUUCCCGCUAGAGAGCAAUCCAGCGGUGAUGAACCGUUACCUGAGCGCCUUGGGGAUCACAGAAGCCAAGUUGCAGUUUGUGGACGUGUACGGUGUGUCGGACGAUCUACUGGAGAUGGUCCCUUCGCCAGUGCACGCUGUGCUCCUCGUGUACCCUACCUGCGAAGCCACAGAGAAACGCAUAGCCGAACAGCAAGCUGCACAGGCGGAAGAAAUUGCGGCGCUCCGCCGGUUGCAUCGUGUGUUCUUUACACAGCAGUGCGUGCCGAACGCGUGCGGGACCAUUGCAAUUAUGCAUGCCCUUCUUAACAACCACGAUAAGCUCGGCGCGAUCGCCCCCGGCAGUAUCCUCGACAGUGCGUGGGUGAAAGCAGCAGAGGCGACGGUGGAUCCCAAGGUGAUGGGGAAACUUAUUGCGGAAGACAAGCGUCUUGCCAUCGCUCACGCUGCUGCUGCGCAGGAGGGCGCGACUACCAACCAGGGCAUCGACGCGAACAUCAACCUUCACUUCGUUUGCUUCAUCCAGGUAGGCGGGCGCUGCGUCGAGCUAGAUGGGCGCAAGGACCACCCGACCUUGCACGGUGACUGUGCUGACAACACGUCAUUUCUCAAGGCAGCCGCCGCCGCCAUACAGGAGCGCAUGGCGCUGAACCCGAACGCCUACGAGUUUGGCAUCACUGCACUGGUGGACAAAUAA